GGAGUUUACUGCCGAUGGAAACUAUUGUCAGUUUCUACACCAUAUCAACUCAGGUCAAAUGUUAUUGCUUCAGCCAGUUUACAUAGUCUGAGAUGAUCUCUUGUCUGCAGAAAUUAUAGCUAGAUCUACUACACAAUCAUGAUUUCACUGCAUCUAUUUCUAACUGCUCUGCUCAUCAGUGGCUAUUGUGAUGCUCUCACUUGUAAUCAAAAAGUCCUUCCUACACUGUAUCGAGGUCUGUGGUUAGAUGGUGAUCCAAUUACAUACAACGAUGUUCUGAUCACUUAUCCAUCAAAUUGUACACUGCCAAACAUUCUUGAAAGAUCCACUGUCUGUAAUUACAGUGUUGUACUGGGUGACGGAGCAAUCAUCCCAUCUCCUCCUGAUCUCAAUAGUUCAAGUUAUAUCAGACAUUUCAUUGCUUGGAACAGAGACUCAUUGAAUAGUUUUCUUGACUUUGACCUCACUACAGCAACAGCUGCGAUUACUGCUAUAGAGCUCAGUUUCUUAAACAGUCCAGUCAACGGAAUCAGUUUGCCAGAACCUAGACUAUCUGUAGUUGAAUAUAAACGAGGCCUUAGUGUUCGAAACGAAACAAGUAUUUCAACCUGGAUAUUUGAUAAUCAAGAUCUGGCUCAGACAGACAACCAAAUCAGAACUAUUAGCAUUCAGCCAUUCCCACUAUUUAGUGCUGCGAACCUCAGAAUUAGGUUUAUAUUCACAGUGUUUCAUGAUUUUGAUUGGGUCUUUCUGAGUAAAAUACGAUUUUGCACACAGCCUCUACCACCUCUUCAGCAACUUAAGACUAUAAUCCUUCAAACACCAUCAUCGAUUGUUAUUCAGCCAAGUGCAGACGACCUGAGAAGAGGAUCAACAGAGUUAGUGUGUACUAUUUCCAGUGAAGGAUCAUACGUAUGGCAGUGGAGGAGAGACAACGCUACCAUAAUGAUGGAGAAUAACGGGGACUACAGAAUCACCAUUGGAGACGGAAGUAGAAUAACUAAGUUGACGAUUAACAAUCUGGACUUUAGUGAUGCUGAUAAUUAUGAAUGCAUAACAACAACACACGAUGUGGAUUUAAUGAACUCAACAGUGUAUUUAGUGGAGUUCCCAGAGCAUGUCAUUACUACACCUGAUGUCAGUGGAUAUCUACAGACUAGAGAGGUUACCCUGACCUGUGAGCUCCAUGGUUACCAGUUAUCACUCUCUCCUCCUGUAUGGCUAAACACAAAUGGCAGUGAAACAAAUGACUCUACCAAAUAUACUGUGUCUGUGUGUGAAGGAAACAGCACCAUAAUUCUACAGAAUAGCACUGUUUUCUCCAGUAUCAUUUUCAACAUCACAAUUCACAACCUUUCAUUAGCUGAUGGAGGUACCUACUCGUGUCGUGGUGUCAGAGGAGAGAGUGUCACUCAACUCACAAUAUUAGAAGGGACCUCGCCUCCAACCAUAACCACCACUCCAUUGUCUGUCAACAAUACUACCACUCAAGUUCCGGAUAUUACUAGUACCGUCACCAUAGCAGCUGCAGUGAUCAUUGUUAUUAUAGUACUCACAGCAGUGGGGGUUCUCACAACAACUUUGUUGCUUGUUAAAAUCUAUCGCAGCAAGACUCUAACCAGCUCAAUACAAAACAAGAACAAUUACAUAGAAAUUGAGCUCAAGUCUGAUUUGACUGAUCUUUCUGCAGGGAAUCGCAAUUGGCACCCUAUGGUACAAAAUAAUUUGAUUCCUCCAAUACCUCCCCAGUAUUUUGACGAGACCGAUUUUCAGCAGUUAGGAUUCGAGCAUGAAGAGUUAGACUGUGAAGAUGGAGAGUUGUACAGACAGUCAAGAAGAAGAUCAACUGAGCCAACAUUGACGAAAUUAAUUGCAGUGGAUUUUGAGGAUGCACUUGAUUCCAAUCCAAUUUAUGAUACUACAUCUAGAGGUUUCAUGGAGGAAAAUCCACUGUAUGAGGAUCGAGAAACCUGUGGGGUAGAGGGCAUACUCAGUGGAGAAAAAUCAUUGCUUGAACCAAAUCCGAUAUACAUGUCUGCACAAAAUCUUGCCAGGUUUAUGGAGGAGAAUCCAUUGUACGAUAGGCAGAGCUGCAGUACUGACAGCGAACUAAAUGGAGAACCCAUUUACAAUGAGGCUCUUAAUCCAGCUAUGUUGUCAUGCAAAGGAGAUCAAUUUUAUCAUGAAGAACUAAAUCCAAUGAAGUUCAAACAAAAUCAGCAAGAUGGCGGUGAUGCUGAUUUGCUUCCAUUUGAACCAGUGUAUGACAUACCUUCGCUGGUGGUGGCAUCCGCAAAGCUCUUACUAAUUGAAACUGAAAACAUUUGUGAAGAGAGGGUUCUCGGAAUCGGGCAGUUUGGAGAAGUUGUUUUAGCGGAAACUGUGGGCUUGAGUGAGAAAGACCUGAAGCUUGGUAGCAGCACUGACAAGAAUGCACGGAUCCUAGUGGCAGUGAAAAAGCUGAAAGAUCAGGCUGAUAGCUCCAUGAAGGAAUCGUUUGAGAAAGAGAUCAAGUUCAUGUCCGGGCUCUCCGAUGAUAACAUUGUUAGACUGUUGGCUGUGUGUGAUAAGGAGCCAAAGUUCAUUGUGAUUGAGUACAUGGAAAACAGAGAUCUUUAUCAGUUCUUGAAUCAACAUCAACUGGACACUUCAUCUGCCGAAUUGCUGGAAAACAGAUUAACAGUUUCGAAUCUCCUGUACAUUAGUGUUCAGAUAGCCAGUGGAAUGCGAUAUCUUGCUUCUCUUAAAUACGUGCACAGAGAUUUGGCCUCUAGAAACUGCCUUGUGGGCAAGAAUUUGACAGUGAAAAUUUCUGAUUUUGGCAUGAGUCGUAAUCUGUACGAGUCAGUUUACUAUCGAUUGCGAGGGCGAGCCGUACUUCCUAUUCGUUGGAUGGCUAUGGAAGGCUUUUAUGGGAGAUUCUCUGAGAAGACAGACGUCUGGUCAUUUGGUAUCACACUGUGGGAGAUAUUCACUCUGGGAAGAUUCCUCCCUUACGAGGAACUGGACGAUCAGCAAGUUAUUGAUGAAGCAAUUAAAAACAAGCAACGUAAACUACUACCAAAGCCCGAGGCAUGCCCUGAGGAUGUUUACCAACGUGUGAUGCUUAAAUGCUGGGAGUACAAACUGGAAGAUAGAGCUGAUUUCGCAGAGCUCAACAACUGUCUAGAAAAGAUUCACAAGCACUUAGAAAUAUAAUGCAGGCAGCUUUUUUUUAGAAUAUGACUGGCAUGGCUUAUUAACAAUAAUAAUUAUUGUAAUGAUCAUUAAUGAAAAAAGACUUAGACUGAGUUUACUGUC